AUGAGCAACGCAACCAACAACGCCAUCGUCAUCGCACUCGUCUUCGCCAUUGUGUUCUGUUGCUGCCACAACUUCGCACAAGCGCGUCCUAAUCACGAUGCCGCUGCUGAGACGCGCCAUUUCAAAAGCGAUCUAAAAGAUGAUGGCAGCUAUAAAUAUCAGUUUGAAACUUCGAAUGGUAUCGCUGCUAGUGAAUCAGGUGUUGGUGGCUACCAUGCGAGCGGCCAUUCAGCCUAUUACGCACCAGAUGGUAAAUUAAUUAAAUUGAGCUACACCGCUGAUGAGCAUGGCUUCCAUCCGACGGGGGAACACUUACCAACACCACCACCUGUACCAGAAGCUAUUCUAAAAUCACUCGAACAUAAUCGCGCUCAUCCCCACGAAGAUGAAUACAAAGGUGCCAGCGGACAAGCUCACUCUUCAUAUCAUGGCAAUAAAAAAUUCUAAGCCAGUUGGUUGAUAAGAUUUUACAUAUGUACAUACACGCACACAUAUGUAUUAUAUAUUUCAUAUGAGUUUUUUAUAUUCCUUGUAUGUGCAUAUAAGUUAUUUUUUUAUGGUUAUGUUUUUUGUAAAACUUGUUGAUUAAGAAGAUUUGAGUGAAAAACUAGAAAUAUGUAAAUAAGCUUUGCUAAAAAAUUCUUCAGAAGAACGAAAUAAAGCGUCAAAUACGUAAAAACUCUAUUUCUUUCAUCAG